AUGGAAUGCGCUUCACCAGCCCUAGUCGAAGUUCUAACUUCGGUUUAUCAACAAACCAACGCGAUUCUCUUCUUACUCAUCGCUAUCGCUACCGUAAUCGUCUCGUUUUUCGCUGCGAAAGCCUUGAUCGAGUGUCAGAUUUUCCCAAAAACUACCCGAAUUAUUUUUGCCGUCGGAUUGGCCUAUGCGAAUCUUCACGAGAUCGUCAAGUUCUACAUCAGGGUACGGAAAUUUUGAUUUUGAAAUGCCGCAUUUGGAAUGGCUCAGGAGGAAUUAUAGAGAAGACAUAACAAAGAUUCGGAAAAGUUUAUUUUCUCAAGUUCAAUGAGUAUCUCUAAGAUGAAAUUUUUGCAAACUUUCCGGAUUUUGGCCGCGUUUGGAAUGGCUCAAGCCAAUUCCAAUAGGGAGCAUAUUUCUUAUUGAGAAGGAAAAAAGUUCUUUUAACUUCAAAAUAGUAGCCACACCCAUUUUCGGAACAAAAAUCGCAUUUGGAAUGGCUAGAAAAUCAAAAAAUGACCUUUUUCAAGCUCAAAAACCAGCAAUUUCGCUCAAAACUUGUAGUGAUCACUUAAGAGUGCUAACGUCGCUAAAGGGAUCACUUUAAAGCUCAAAAAAGUAUGGUCUACGCUACUUCGGACUCGGUAACGCAAACCGCACCCACCCCGGACGUUUCUGAACAGGAUCAACUCAAGGGGUCACUUUAGCGUCUUCAGAACUCUUAAGUGAUCACUUGAAGAGCUCAGAAACGUCCGGGGCGCGUCCGGUUUGGGUUACCGAGUGGGGCAUUCUUUUAAAAAAUUAUCAAUAGAACGCGGACGCUUCUGAACAAGUUUCUGAUCAGGACAACUCAAGUGGUCGCUAAAGCGACGUUAGAACUCUUAAGUGAUUACUUGAAAACGUCCAGAGCGACUUAUCAGAACAAGUUUCCGAGCAGGAUCACCUCUAGGGGCAAUUUAAGCGACUUAAGAAAUCUUAAGUGAUCACUUGGAAAGCUCAAAAAAACCCAGAGCGACUUUUCUGAACAAGUUUCGGAGCAGGAUCACCUCUAGGGGCAAUUUAAGCGACUUAAGAACUUUUAAGUGAUCACUUGGAAAGCUCAAAAAAACCCAGAGCGACUUUUCUGAACAAGUUUCGGAGCAGGAUCACCUCUAGGGACAAUUUAAGCGAUUUAAGAACUCUUAAGUGAUCACUUGGAAAGCUCAAAAAAACCCAGAGCGACUUUUCUGAACAAGUUUCCGAGCAGGAUCAACCCUAGAGGCCAUUAAAGUGACGUUAGAACUCUUAAGUGAUCACUUGGAAAGCUCAAAAAAACCCAGAGCGACUUUUCUGAACAAGUUUCCGAGCAGGAUCACCUCUAGGGGUCACUUUAGCGUCUUCAGAACUCUUAAGGGAUCACUUAAAAUGCUCCAGAGCGCAUGUGGUUUGUAUUACGGAAGUCCGAGUGAAGUUCUAUUUGGGAAAAUUAUCAAUAGAGCCCGUUCCCUGAGCAGGAUCACCUCUAGGGGCCACUAAAGCGACGUUAGAACUCCUAAGGGAUCACUUAAAAUGCUCAAAAAAGUCCAGAACUACUUUUCUGAACAAGUUUCCGAGCAGGAUCACCUCUAGGGGUCACUUUAGCGUCUUCAGAACUCUUAAGUGAUCCCUUGGAAAUCUCAGAAACGUCCAGAGCCCAAUUUCGAAAAAUUAUCAAUGGAGCGCACAUUUUGCAGGGUAAAGCGCUGCUCAACUCCUGGACGUUUGACGGCGAUACCUGUCGUCUGGUGAUGACGGCUUUGGAAUGUCGAAUGCCGUUGAAUUUGAUCUGGAUGUGUAUGGCCGGCAUGGUGUUCACGGACACCGCCUUGACUUUCGAUCGGUUUGCUUCUGAAAUUGGAAAAAUGAAGUUCACAUCUUUAUUGACCUUUCGAGCAAUAUUUAUCUAAAAAUUUCUGGAAAAAUUUUUUUUGAGAUCCUUCCUCUAACUUGAAACAAUCUGACCUGUCUGCGCUCUCUUCUCUCUCAUCUCUAGGUCAUAGAAGCAUAAAAAAAGCACGUAAAAACGAGAGAGUGCUGAGAAGUCAGGCUGUACCAAUUAUAUUCAAAUAUAUUCCAGAUUGUUGGCAACACUUUUCCCGACAAAAUAUUCGGCCAAUUCGAUUUUACCCGGUAUCCUGUUCUCUCUGGUCGUGGUGAGUAAUUCAGAAAAUGGUCUCCAGUGUUCCCUUUAAGGGUUUGAUCUUUUCAUAGCAGCCGUGAAAGGUCAAUAAGUGAAACUUUAAGAAGCGUGAUCUAGUGAUCAUUUUAGGGCUCCAUUCUUCAAAAAAAGUGUCUUCUAUGAAGUUCCGGGCUGCGGCGAUUUUAGAAGCUGUGAAGCUUGCGCUGUUGCCUUACCGUCGCGCGAAAACCGUUUCAAGGUCGGUGCUUGAGCCAUUCCUGAUGCGACCAAGCUUUUUUAUAGUUCUUCACUGGAUAAAGUGUUAGUUCAAGCCCACAGUUCUUUGAAAGGAAGAGUCUUGCCCCCUUCUCUGCGCCCUCCUCGUCUCUCGCCCACCCUCUCAUUUUUCUGCGCUAUUUCCAUAUUUCUCUAAUAUUGUCGGCGAGGGAACAGAGAGACGCAGAUACUCGACCACGAUCGGACCUCGAUAAUGAAUACUGGACUUUAUGAGCACUUUUAGGGAUCACUUAAGGGUACUCAAACUACUAAAGCGGUCACUAGAAAUGUCUUUACACGUCCAAUUCGCGUCCAAGCUGCGUUGCCAUGUUCUGAGCGAUUCUAGGGACCACUCAAGGGUUCUCACGCUACUAGAAUGCUCAUUAGACUUGGUCCCACACGUCCGAUUCACUUUCAAGUCACGUUAUCAAACUAAGCACUUCUAGGGGCCCUUUAAGGGUACUGACGCUACUAAAAAGGCCACUAGAAAUGCCCCGACAAGCCGGAUUCGCUUCACCGAUUUCUGAGCGGAUCUAGGUACCCCUUAAGGGUUCUGACGCUACUAAAAUGGUCACUAGACUUGCUCCCACAGGUCCGAGUCGCGUUACCAGUUUCUGAGCAUUUCUAGGGAUUCCUAAAGGGUACUGACGCUACUAGUAAGGUCACUAGACAUGUUCCCACAGGACUGGAGCGCGUUACCAAUUUCUGAGCAAUUUUUGGGAUCCCUUAAGAGUACUGAAGCUACAAAAAAUUCACUAGAAAUGCCCCGACACAUCCGGUUUGCGUUAUCAACUUCUGAGAAAUCCUAGGGAUCACUUAAGGGUUCUCACGCUACUAAAAAGGCUACUAGAUAUGCGCCCACAAAUACAGUUUCAAGUCAUAUUCGAAAAUUCAUCCUUCGAACAUCUUACAGAUAGCCCUCAGCGUCAUCAUCACCCUGGUCACCUUUGGCGAGGAGGACUACCACGGUUACGUGACCCAUUGUAUAUACCCUCCUGAGAAAAGCGGGCUGAAUAUCCGGCGACUGUUGAAGUUCUACACGGUCGUCAAUUUCGUCAAUAUCGCCUUGAACUUGUUGGUCCUGUGGCUGAAUCGUCGGGCAUCGGCAGGGUUGGUUUUGAGUUCUCUUCAAACCGUCUGACUCGUCUGCGCCCUCUCCUCUUUCUCAAUGUGACCUUGAGAAAUGGAAGGAGAGCGCAGAUAGGUCAGAAAAAAUCACCGUGGUUGAAGUAUACCAUAAAAUCGAAAAGCAUCUUAUCACCAUAAAUUAAUUAGGGGCGCCGGAGUGGUCGCUGUAGGGGCCCGUGUAGGUUAUCUUCACCUCCCCUUUUAGGGGUCAUUGAAGCUUGCAAAAGUGGCCCCUACAAGGGUACAUGUUAUUCGUUUAAAAUCAACAGAGACAGAUCUUAAGCCUCUAUAGUCCACCUAACAUUCAACUCUAUAGGGAGCACUUUUUCGUUGUCAAUUGUACCUGUUUUUUUUCCUAACCCCUAUAGGGACCACUAUGACGUGUCUGAGUCCAAUAAAACUGAUAAAAAUGACUUUUUCGUUUUAUCAUUCUCUGAAGGGACCCCUUUAGUGCCCAACCGGCUUCCUAAGUUGCACCUUAAGAGUUUCUAUAUCUUCCCAUAGGGUUUCCAAGUUAAAACAAGUUAAAAAUUCCAUAUUUUUUCGUCGUAAAUUGAGACUUUUCCGUUGAAACUUAGUACUAUCAAGGCCGAUUUUUUCUCUUAAAAAUCAAUUUUUGACCCAACCCAGUACUUUUUCAGAAUCCAGUACGAUCUCCAGCAACGCUACCACAACUAUGAAGUGUUAACAACCACAAAGGCCGUCAGUAUAAUCGCAAUCGUUCAAUUCAUCGCCCUCGGAAUCUACACCUCGGCCAUGCUUUUCCUAACAACUUUGUCGGCUUGGAUCCCUCAAGUUCUUCGGCUCACCAUGUUCCCAUGGCUUUAUGUUUGUUUUUGAGCUUUUUCAAGCCACACAUAAUCGAUAAGAACUAGAUCGCGUUUGGAAUGACUGAGCGUUCCUUGUUUUAAAAAAAACUUGAAAUAAGUAUCUUCGGGAUGCCGCCAAGCUCAAGUCGUUUCGGGUCGGACCUAGCUUGGACCGAGCCAUUCCAAAUGCGGUCGUGGUCAAUUUGAAAACUUUAGUGGUUACUUUUUUUCUGUCAUAAUGACUUAAAGCUUUGUAGCGCAACUAGUAGAGCUCCAGAAACACAAUAUUUGUUUUGCUCAAGUUCGACUCCCGCCAGCGGCGAGCUUUUUUUUUGCAAAAAAUUAGGGAAUUUUUUUUUCAAUGCCCGUUGUUUUUUUAACGUUGACAGUGCAUAAAAAUCAAGAAAAAUCAGUUCCAAGAAGUUUUUUUUUCCUUGGUCCCACUUUUACUUUUGCUCAGGUUCGAGUCCUUCUCAGGGCGAAAGCUUUUUUGCCAAAACUUUAAGUCUCUUUUUAUCGACGCAGACAUUCUGUGAUUUAAAAUAACAAAUCUCAAAAAAGAUUUGUUGAAUAUUUCUCUAUAAAAUCCUUUAUUUUUCAAGUUCUCCACUUUUCGCAAGACCUCAGUCGAUAAUCUCUGUUGUUUUGGGAUAAUAUACCCGCUUUUUCUCACGUCUAUCCAUGCAUUAAGCUGGGCAUGAAGAAAAGCUUCAUUUUGACAUAUUACUCAGCUGAAAAAAAAAACAUGAUGUUAUCCCCAUUUUCAGGCCGUGACGUAUGGCGCUCUACUUCUUCCGAUUCUUAUUGUUGUGGGUGCUUCGAGAGUUGCAAAACGAAGACGUUGCCUCAUUCGGAAUAUCACCGCUCAGAAAGAGUCGCAAGACGACCGAAUGAAGCAACUCAACGACAUGUGGCGAUGA